CCGUCCGCACAUGUCUGGAACGCCGAUUUGUACUGCCGAAAGACGAUCAGUCGCACGUCCGUUACACCGCCACUGCAACUGUUGUCUCCGAAAAUUCGCGUGUAGAGUAUUGCCGUGAGACCGUUACCGUUGAUCCUCGUAUACCAGACGAGGGGCACGUCGCUCGACAUACGGCAUUGACGGUCCCGUACCGACAGUGUCAUUAUGGAGGUAGUAAGACCGUCAUAGCCACGGCACACGUGCAACAUACUCGCUUCCACAGCCCAGCUUAACACAAUUUAUAAAAUCCGAUUCACAGUAACGUUAACUCCCAUGUCGUGUAAGUACGAAAUGUUUACUGUUGUCGUAAUGGUCGUGGUGGCGACUUGUGCGACGACGUCAAUCCUAGGACAACCAGAUAAACCUACAGCCGAUGGUGGUGGCUGUCCUUCACCCGGCCUUACACUAAAUGGUACUAGAGUUGUUCCACGGUCGGGAAUGUCGUCGGACUUUUCAACAUUGUCCGAAGUGAAAUUCCCAGCACGCCUAUCGUCUCCUUCUAGGAAGGGAUCGAAAUCAUUGGCGUCGUCAUCCUCCGAGGAGACUGAAGCUCCGUCCAGGAUCUGCAAGAUAAAAUGUGUUUCGGGCCAAUGGGUUGGUCCUCUGUGCCAAGAAAUAAAUGGUGAUGGCAGGUUCCAGCCAAUAUUAAAAUCAUGUGCACUAGAAGAAGUUCCACCAAAUCUUAUUUUAUCAUUUAAAAAUCGGAUUAUUGUUGAAUUCAAUACGACAAUACCUCAUAAUAGCACAAUAUCAGCACGAUGUCAAGAACCAAUUGGUACAUACAAACUUAGCGGACCUCCAGUGUUAAAUUGUAGUAACGGCGUUUGGUCUAGCCCGAUACCCAAAUGUCAACCAACAACUCUAUUCACUAAUUAUUCAGAAAAUUCGCCUCCGACAAUUUUGGUACGGGUUCCAUCAGGAUCAGCAGCUGUAGACCAAAAUGGUGGAUUAGUUGUUUUCCCUGGAUCUAUAUUACACUUAGAAUGUCUUCAUUUGAGACGACAUGGCGAUCCGGAAUGGACAUGGACAUCCGAGGCUGAAACUUAUCUUACCGGAUGGGCGAUAGGAAACGACGAACGCAACUGGAAGUAUCGAUUAUCUAUUUACUAUGUAAAACAAUUUGAUACGGGCUCAUACACUUGCACUAACUCGCGUGGUAUAAACAACACUAUAACACUCCAAGUUUCAGAUAUCCAUUGUAAACCAGUGCCCAGCAUGAAUCUCAAUCCUCAUCUCAACUAUAGAGCAAGUGGGCAUAGGCUUGGUCAAACAACAUACUUCAACUGUCCACCUGGAUUUUUCCUUAAAGGUUCAGCAAAUAUCACCUGUCUUCCUUCAGGAGACUGGUCGAAUACACCGCCGGAUUGCAUCAUGGUUAAGUGUCCGCCAAUCAGCGUUGAUGAUUCUAGGUUGAUCAUGGUUGAGUACAAUAACACCUACGGCAAACGAGCAGCGUUCAAAUGUGCUUGGGGCUUUCAAAUGUCUGGUGUCAAUUCGAUUGAGUGCUUAGCGGAUUCCACGUGGUCUCAUCGAAUACCUACAUGUACUGAAAUUCUGUGUCCAACCCCAAUCGUACCACUCAACGGCCUCCUGAUCGAAGAUUCAGCUCCAGGGCGUCAUGUAGUCGGUUCCAUGGUGCAAUUUUCUUGUGGUGAAAAACAUCAGCUGAUUGGAAAGCCCAGCAUGGUGUGCACGGAAAAUGGCACUUGGUCACACUCUACACCAUACUGCAAAGCCAGAUGCGAGUAUCCGGGCGAGCCACCCAACGGUCGUAUCAUACCGCUGAAGUUCUGGUACGUGCCGGGCGACAAGUUGAAAAUCACAUGCCUUUCCGGAUACGUUCUUCCGCUACCGCUCGAGGCUAGUCCACCCGUGUGCCUCGGCAACGGCACGUGGUCGCAUACGCUGCCCGAAUGCAUACAGUACACGGACGUGUAAUCGAACGACGGAGAUCCAUCCAGACGUGUCCGGCUGGACAAACACGCGGUUUCCCGGAUGGUGUGCGCACUUUCCUGCAAAUCGCUCGCCGUCGGAGUUUUAUACUAAUAAUUAUGAUUUAUAGCCACGACGUCGCGUCUAUUUCUUGUAAUAAUUAUUGUGCGGGUACACCGCAGUUGUAAUAUAUUGUUUAUCCCAUAGGAAUAGGCUCAAGUAUAUAUAUAUAUAUAUGGGAGGAGGGGGGUGAGAAACUUGAAUGGCUCGAAUUUAACAUGCCCCCCUCUCUCGUCGAGAACGUAUUGUAAAGAAAUACAAAUGUGCACGAGUUAUCACGGAUCGAUACGCAUAGGUAAGAAAUAUAAUUAUAUAAAAUUGUACGGUUAUAAUGUUAUACCUAAUGUAUUCGAUGAGUAUUAGAAACCUACGUUGAAAUAUUAGUUAACCCUGUCAUACCGGGUGAACUGUUUGACGCAAGACACUUGUUAUCUCAAAAACUAUUUAUUUUUUUGAAAAUAUUUAUUUUAUAUAAUUUUAAGUACUCGAUCAAAUA